CCCAGAAAACCUCUGGAGCCCCUGGCCACCAGACGUUCCAUCUCACCACCAAGGAAGGCCCUGGUCAAGGAUGUCCCAGGACUCACAGAAACCCUCAGUACCCAGCCACGGGCCGAAGACACCAUCAGGCAGAAAGGUGAAGACUCCACUCUGUCCCCUGGCCCGGUCGUGGAAGCAGGACUGUGAGCAGACUCUGACAGCAGCCUAUGUGCCGGUGGUGGUGGACCCCAGGGGGCAGAACCCACACAAGCUCAGGUUCAAUUUCUACACCUCCCAGUACUCCAACUCCCUGAACCCCUUCUACACCUUGCAGAAGCCUACCUGUGGCUACCUGUACCGCCGGGACACUGACCACACCCGCAAGCGCUUUGACAUGCCUCCUGCCAACCUGGUCUUGUGGCGCUCAUAGGCCUGUGCCAGUCAGAAGCCCUCCACCCCGCACCCUCACCCCCAUGAUCCCGGGUCCUGGUGGGGAAGGACUACUCCCUCCUGGAGGAGGAGAAAGUGCUGAGCUAGGACGGCUGUGUCCUGCCCACUGUCAACAAUGGCAAAGGGAGGUCUCGCUUUUCAGCAGCAAUUAAAAUUUGUCCUUCCUUU